AGCAGGAAGCUCCGGCGCUCGGGUUGCGGAGCCGCCGCGGGGAGAUGGAGCCUUUCAGCAGCGAUCGGCUUCAGCUCCCCAGGAAUAUGAUCGAAAACAGCAUGUUUGAGGAAGAACCAGAUGUGGUGGAUUUAGCCAAAGAGCCUUGUCUACAUCCACUAGAGCCUGACGAAGUGGAAUACGAGCCCCGUGGUUCCCGGCUACUGGUCCGGGGACUCGGUGAGCAUGAGGUGGACGAGGAUGAGGAGGAUUAUGAGUCAUCUGCAAAGCUGCUGGGCAUGUCCUUCAUGAACAGAAGCUCGGGUCUUCGGAAUAGUGCAACCACCUACAGGCAGAGCCCAGACGGAGCCUGCUCAGCACUGUCUGCGAGGACCGUGGUGGUCUGUGCAUUUGUUGUGGUGGCUGCUGUGUCUGUCAUCAUGGUGAUUUACUUGCUGCCCAGAUGCACCUUCACCAAAGAAGGCUGCCACAAACAGAGCCAGUCCUUGGAGUCCAUUCAGCCAGUCGCAACAAACGGGAAGCCGUUUCCCUGGGCGCGAGUCAGGCUUCCCAUGGCCAUAAUGCCCCUGCGCUAUGAGCUCAGCCUGCACCCAAAUCUGACCUCAAUGACUUUCAAGGGCUCUGUGACAAUUUCAGUUCAUGCUCUUCAGGCCACAUGGAAUAUCAUUCUUCAUAGCACAGGUCAUAAUAUAUCAAGAGUGACCUUUAUGUCAGCAGUUUCAAGCCAAGAAAAGCAAGUUGAGAUCCUAGAAUAUCCGUUUCAUGAACAAAUUGCUGUUGUUGCCCCGGAAGCCCUUCUAAUGGGGCACAAUUACACCUUGAAGAUAGAGUAUUCAGCAAAUAUAUCUAGUUCUUACUAUGGGUUUUAUGGAAUCUCCUACACAGCUGAAAACAACGAGAAAAAGUACUUCGCAGCAACUCAGUUUGAACCUCUGGCAGCAAGAUCUGCUUUUCCUUGUUUUGAUGAACCAGCAUUUAAAGCCACCUUUAUCAUCAGGAUCAUAAGAGAUGAGCAGUAUACUGCUUUAUCAAACAUGCCCAAGAAAUCUUCAGUCCUGAUGGAAGAUGGACUCAUUCUGGAUGAGUUUUCUGAGAGCGUGAAGAUGAGCACUUACCUGGUGGCCUUCAUCAUUGGGGAGAUAAAGAGCCUGAGCCAGGAUGUGAACGGGACCCUGGUUUCCAUUUAUGCUGUACCAGAGAAGAUUGGUCAAGUUCACCAUGCCUUGGAAACAGCUGUGAAGCUUCUUGAGUUUUAUCAAAACUACUUUGAAAUUCAGUAUCCACUGAAGAAAUUAGAUCUGGUGGCUAUUCCCGACUUUGAAGCAGGUGCAAUGGAGAAUUGGGGUUUGCUCACCUUCCGAGAAGAGACACUUCUGUAUGACAACAACACUUCUUCAGUGGCGGAUAGAAAACUGGUUACUAAAAUCAUCGCUCAUGAGCUGGCCCAUCAGUGGUUUGGUAACCUGGUAACAAUGCGUUGGUGGAAUGACUUGUGGCUAAAUGAAGGUUUUGCUACCUUUAUGGAGUAUUUUUCAUUGGAAAAGAUGUUCAAAGAGCUCUCCAGUUAUGAAGAUUUCUUAGAUGCUCGAUUUAAAACCAUGAAGAAAGAUUCCUUGAAUUCUUCUCAUCCAAUAUCAUCAUCUGUUCAAUCUUCAGAACAAAUUGAAGAAAUGUUUGAUUCUCUUUCCUAUUUUAAGGGAGCUUCUCUGUUGUUGAUGCUGAAAAGUUACCUUAGUGAAGAUGUUUUUCAACAUGCCAUUGUCCUUUACCUGCAUAACCACAGCUAUGGGUCUAUUGAGAGUGAUGACCUGUGGGAUAGCUUCAAUGAGGUCACAAACAAAACCCUAGAUGUAAAGAAAAUGAUGAAAACCUGGACUCUCCAGAAAGGAUUUCCUUUAGUAACUGUUCAAAAAAAAGGAAAGGAACUUUUUAUACAACAAGAAAGAUUUUUUUUAAAUAUGAAGCCUGAAAUUCAGCCUUCAGAUGGAAGCUACCUGUGGCAUAUUCCACUAUCCUAUGUUACUGAGGGAAGAAAUUAUUCAAAACAUCGAUCGGUAUCAUUACUGGACAAGAGAUCAGGCAUCAUCAACCUUACAGAGGACGUGCAGUGGGUCAAAGUCAAUGCAGACAUGAAUGGCUACUACCUUGUGCAUUAUGCCAGUGAUGACUGGGAGUCACUAAUUACACAGCUGAGAGUGAACCCUUAUGUUCUGAGUGACAAGGACCGAGCCAACCUCAUCAACAACAUCUUUGAACUUGCAGGCCUAGGCAGAGUGUCUCUCCAGAGGGCUUUUGAUUUGAUCGAUUAUCUUCAAAGUGAAAAUGAUACUGCACCCAUCACUGAAGCCCUCUUCCAGACAGGCCUCAUCUUUGACCUCCUUGAAAAGCUGGGCCGCAUGGAUCUGGCCUCAAGGCUGGUGAUGAGAGUAUUUAAAUUGCUUCAAAACCAAAUCCAACAACAGACAUGGACUGACGAGGGUCCCCCCUCUGUGCGGGAGCUGCGGUCAGCUUUGCUGGAAUUCGCCUGUGCCCACAGCCUGGCAGGCUGUUGCACCACUGCCACGCAGCUGUUUGAUGCCUGGGUGGCCUCCAAUGGCACUCAGAGCUUGCCCACUGAUGUCAUGGCGACUGUGUUCAAAGUGGGAGCCAGGACUGAGAAUGGCUGGUUGUUCCUUCUGAGCAAGUACACAUCUCUUGGCUCUGAAGCAGAGAAGAACAAAAUACUUGAAGCUCUUGCCAGCUCAGAAGAUGUACGGAAACUUUACUGGUUAAUGAAAAGUAGCCUCGAUGGAGAUACCAUCAGAACACAAAAGCUGUCUUUUAUCAUUAGAACAGUGGGCCGACACUUUCCUGGACACUUACUGGCAUGGGAUUUUGUCAAAGAAAACUGGAAUAAGCUUGUACAGAAGUUCCCUCUGGGGUCUUACACCAUACAAAGUAUUGUUGCUGGAUCAACUCACCUGUUUUCAACAAAGACACAUUUAUCUGAGGUUCAGACAUUCUUUGAAAAUCAGUCAGAGACAACCUUUCGGCUUCGCUGUGUCCAGGAGGCUUUGGAAGUCAUCCAGCUGAACAUCCAGUGGGUGGAGAAGAACCUGAAGGCUCUGACAUGGUGGCUGUAGCAUGACAGCUGCACCUCACCUUGUCACCCACUCAGAGAGCUGAUAAACUUGGUCUCUGCUGCUUUUGCAAAAGCAAAGCUGAAGCCAGGCUGCUGCCAAGUUGUUUGCACUUGUGGGAGUUCUAGUUAGCUCAGGGCCCAACUGUAUUCUUCAUCUGUCUUUCUGAAAUGUCUUUGGACGGUAUGUAGUUAUUUGUUAUAGAAUUACAUUCAUAUAUGCCAACCAUCUACAGAAACAAUGAGCAAAUUUUUAUACUUUGAAGAUACACAAAUGGAGGAAAAGUCUGUUUGGAAUUCUGUUCUGUUCUGUUUCCAGAAAGUUACUGAACACAGUACAACAAGGAAUGUCUACCCUCGGAGCCACUCCUGUGCAGGCCACUGCUUUGUCAGUGCCUGUUGCUUCUUGUUGGUAUACAUCAUUGGAAUGUGGCACAGAGUGAGCUCCAGGGGGUGUGACAAAAGACAGCAAAGCCUGCCUACAGGGACGGGCCUUGGCUGUGCAGAGCUGCUGUGAUUGGAGAUUUUGGUUAAUCCUUUAUCUUCUGAAAAAUGUCUAAAUAUCUAUAUAAGUAUUGUAUCUUUUUCUGCAGAAUACCCAGGUGCUACAAAUUUUUAACUUUUUUGUUGUAUUGAAAAGCUAAAUAACAUGGCCAAAAGGUUAAUUUUUCCAAAUAUUUAAUGCUUUUGUUUUCAUUGUUUAUAGUAUUACCAUAUAUAGAACUGUUCCAAACCAAUUAGCUUUAAUUAUGUCAUUCAUGAAUGCUGAUAUUCCCCAAAUCUGUAUGCCUUUAUCACUGUCUGCUAUAGAUAUAUCUUAUGUUAUAGAGAAGUAUUUCUACAUUUGUGGCAAGGAUUUUGCUAGCACUGAUGUUUUUCAUCAUGGCUUUUAUCACUAUUGCUAAGAAUGCAAUUUAAGUUGUCUUUUGGCAUCACAGAUCACAGACACUUUCUCUCUGAAUCAUAGCCAUGUGUGGAUUUUCAUUUUAUAUGAUAGAGUAGCAUAUUAGAAGCAUAUUUUAAAAUAGGGCCUUUCAGAAAUUGAAAUUUUUUAUUUGAAGUUCACCAUAGUACCUUAAAGGAACAGAAGGAAUGGAGUAUUUGAAUUUGAGUUCAGACGUAGUGGGCUCUGAGUUUUUUCCAUGUCAAAAAUAGAACUUCUCUUUAGUUAAAAGUCAUAGUUUUUCUUUUAUUGUGGUCAAACUAACAUUAAAAGGAGUGGUCAAAGGGAGAAAGAAGAUAAAUGAGGGAGGAAUCCAAACUGUAAGGCAUUUUUACUCCUUCUGAAGGGGAAAUACUGUACUUGAAUUUUUUGAGCUAUGCAGACCUAUACUUGGAUUGUUUUUUAGUUUGAUUCUUAGGAAAAAAGCUUUCUUCCUAAUAAUUGUUGAGAACUUUAUAUUUUGUUUUAAAAUGGCUUCUAUGUAUAUAAAAAGGGUAGUCACCCACUUGUAAGCACUUAAAACACUCCACAGAGUCAGAUAGUGGAAAAGGUCACCUUUUUUUUAUUCAGCAGGUGUGAAGUUAGAAUAUAUGGGAUUGUGUAUAAAAUUAAAUUUUAUUUUAUGAAAAUAUUUUUGUAUAAUAAAAUUUAAAAGGCUGACAAGCUAAAAAUUAGCCUUCUUUAAUCCUAUUGUGUUUCUCCCCCAUUUUGUCUUUUUUAAACAUUUAUCUCUCUGCUUUAGAGUAAAAGUCAUAUUCUGAGAAUCACAGAAUAACCUAAAUAUGUCUUUUUGAAACUGGGAUGAUUGUAAGUCUUUAUUCCUCUUGUACUUUGGUAAAUGAUAAUUUAGUUAAUAUUGAAAGUGAGGGUGUUUUUGUAUUUUUAGAAUGAGGGAAAAAUACUAAACUUUUGAAGAUUUUUUGAUCGUUGCUGGUUUUUUACCAUGUUGUGUUACUAAAUUCCACUUUGAUACAGAGUUUAAACUUUUACUCUUCACAGUGAGUUAAGAUCUUCAGUUCUGCCUGCCAGUCUUGACAUUGGUCCUAGAACGUGUGAAAAUUUUGCAUAUGGCAAAUCUCAUCUCCAAUCACAUCAUUUCCCUGUGUCUGUGUGUGGUAUGGACAGGGUUGUCACAAGUAAAACUUUAUUAAAACUCAGGCUGACAGUGAAGUGUCAGGAUCCACGGCUUCUCCCCACGAUGCCAGAUUGUGACCUUUGUGGUUUUAUUUGUGGUAGCUUUAGUAGGCCUCACCUCAGUUCUUCACAGAUAAUUCCAUGAUUUUGAGUAUUAAAGUAACCCUUUCUAUAUGGGAGUUUUAAAAACUAGGUCUUUGUCAGGAACAUAAGGUUAGAAGGUAGAAAUUAUAAUAUUAAUAUAAUGGGAGCUUUCAAAGGUUUAUUUUCCCCGAAGCCCUAUCUUAGCCACUGUGUUUCUGAGAACCCACACGGACUCACUGAAGUGCAGGCUCCUACCACAGCUAAGUGCUUACUGAGUGGCUGUUCUGUUUUGUUCACUAAGAGAGGUGUUCUACUUGGAUGUAUUAAUGAAAGUGACAUCUUUUGAGAUUAUUGGGAGAGAGAGAAUUGCAGAUCUAGAGUUGUACAAGGAAAGUUUGUGCUUUGGAGAUGUGAGCAGUGAUACAAUUGUAGCUGAGUGCAGCUGCUGUUAGCGCGAGGCGGGCAUUGCCCGAGUGCGCCACCAGUUUGUGCCUCCAUCUCACGUCAGCCUCACCUCAGUCUCUGUAAGUGAAAUGUUGCUGCUUGCCAUUGUUUCAAUGACUGUGAACUUUUCUGCUAUCACAGGUUCUUCUGAACUCCUCAUUUUCUUUGCCCUGUGUGUUUUCAUUGUGUGCUGCUGCCUGUACAAAGAGCUGUCAGGGAGCCCUGGGUGUAGGGGGCAGCUGCACUGCUCUCAAUCCUAUACUGAGUUCGGUGGGUUGCUGGCAGACUGCUAUCAAGUUGGAUUUUCAAAAGAUUCUACUUAAACUAAAGCACCUGGAACCAUCAUCCGCAGACAGGUUGCUGAAUGUUCACAGCAUCCUUGUGUUCCCUCAGGCUGCUAGGAAUGUGUGUAUGUCUCAGACACAUCGUCACCCAGGAAUAUAAGGUACAAAUCAUAGUAUUAAUAUAAUGGAAGCUUUCAAAGGUUUAUUUUCCACAAAGAUUAGAAGGUUAAAUUAAGGUUUUAAUUUAAGGAGUCUCUGAGUCGCAGAGGCCACAGAUCUGAUUAGAUCCUCUUCUCACCUUUGACUUUAUUAUUUUUGCCUUUAUUGGAAUUAACUCUCUUUUAAAGAGCUAGCUUCAUUCCCCACCCUCUGUGUAUUUUCGAAAACUGAGGUGUAUGUCUUGCUGGUUUCCACCUUCUGUGUUGCUCACCGCCUUCUGCAUUGCCUGAUGCGCUGCAGGUGGGGAGUGCAGUUGGCCGUGCAGCCCCUUCUCCCCGACCCGUGUUGCCUGUAGGGCAGCUGGUGGAUUCCUAUGAGUGGUUUGGGGGUGAUUUACUUUUAAAAUGUACAUAUGUGUUCUUGAUGGUUUUAUUGUCUUCCAUUUUACAUGUUUUUGUCCUGAUGAAAAAUGAUAGGCAUUGUCCUUCAGCAUCUCAUUCUCCCUUCCCUUCCCUGUAGCAGCAGCUGCAGAGAAGUUACUUGGCUCCUUUUCUUGAAAGAGGUGGUGGUGUUGAAAGGAGAGCUGUGUAUGUUCUUUGAAAAGUGUGUACAGAUGUCUGUGCUGCUAUUUGGAGAAUGUGAUGCUGUGUUUCAUUCGUCCUGCUGGUGGGCAUGUGGGUGGGCAUGGGAUCCUGACCCAUGAACAGAACAGCUGUGGCUGCUACUGUCCGGCCCCGGGCCAGGCUGCCUGCCAACCCACGGCUCUGUGCCUCUUCAUGCUGCUUCCCAUGUUCCCUGGCAUGCUUGUCUGUCUGCAUGGGCUCAUGUGUGCUCACAGAAACAGCUGCUCUUUCACUUUGCCCUUACUGCAUCUUAGGCAAAGGUGAGGCAGCUGGGCUGCCGAAGAAAGUGGUGUCCACUCAGCACACGGGAGUGUCCUUGCUGCCGCCUGUUUCACAGCUCCCUCAGUUCUCUGUCCUUGUGGACACACAGGCACCUCAUCAGGUGUGGAGGUGCCACCUGUGGCGGCCCCCACACAGGGCAGCAGUGACACAGCAGUGACCAGCUGGAUUCUGGGAGCAGGCGAGGGGCAGGGCUGGCAGCUCAGCGCACCAGUGUUUCCACUGCCACACUGUGGACCUCAGAGUUCUGGGCACAUUUCUCCUCCUUCCGUAGUGCCACAGGGGCAGUGCAUGUAGAGUAGUUUGAGGGGUUCGAAGGGUUUUUGCUAGGGGAGAGAAGGUGAUUUCAGGGUAAGGUUGUAUUUUUAAAAAAUGUAUAUAAAUGUUUUUACUACUUUUUUGUUAGCUUGUUUCUUGCCUUGUUUUUCAAAUGGGCAUGUCAUGAAAGCCAAGGUUCAGUCUGUUCGGGUCUCCUUCUCCCCUCCCUAUUGCCCAUGGACAGGAUCUAGAACCACGUAGGGGUUUGUUUUAGGAGUUCUUUUGUGGGUAUUGGGGUGUGUGCUUCUGUAAAUAUUUGCACAUGUAUUUACUCCUUAUUGUGUGUUUCCCUGGAGGCCUGUGCAGCCGUGUGCAGCUGGUUCCUAACGGAUGUGGAGCUCUGCUCCUCCUUGUCUAUAUGGGGAAAUUUUAAAGUAGUUUAAUUUCCUGAAGUUGUGGGGGUGGAGGGGUCAAGGCCAGGAUGUGUGCACAGGCCUCAUUGCUGUGCUCUGUUGCUCACCUGUACCCGCUGCUGCAGGCACCUGCUGACACAGGUUCCCAGAGCACGGUCUCCCCUCCCCCGCUUCUGUGUGGCAUCUGUAAUGUGCUUUGGUUUCCUUCAGUGCCCUCCCAGGAAGAUGGGGCAUGCACUUUUAGAAAUGUAUAUAAAUGGUUUUUGGUGUUACUUCAUUUUGUACCUAUAUCGUUCCAUGGACACUUAGGUACGUAAUGAAAAUCGAGGUUCAUUCUAUGAAAACAUCACCUUCUCCCCUUCCCGUAUUGCCCGUUUGGGCAAUGGCU